GCGAGGUUGCUAAGGAUUACAGAAUCGGCGAAAGUUGUUGGAAAAAUAGAGUUCAACAAGUGAUGUAUUUUUUGUCGCCUCGCCCGGUUACCGGUUACCGAAAGGAUGAAACAUGGGUUGACGUAACGGACAGGGAGUACACAUCGUCAAAAUCGAAAAAGACCAAUGAAUCAGAUCAAUGCAAAGAGAUCAUCGAGGUAUGAUUUAUUAAAAUACAAGGGGCGAAUUGGUUUCCAGUCGUCUAAUUAUGUUACGACUAGUGGACCCCAAUGAAGCUAAACCAUGGCAGAGCUGUGCAAUUUGUAGCGACAAGAUAUUUUUCAGGACACCAAGAGAAUUUAGUUCUCAUCUGAGACAGUUGCACUGCACAAAAGAAGGAGGAUCGUUUGUUUGCCAUUACGGUAAAAAUGGCGUUUGCCCUUCCUUACCUGUUGAAGGUGUCAGCGACAAAGAUUACGAGGAUCAUGUAAGGAAGAAUCACACAAAACUGGAGGAGGUAAAAUCAGAGAGUCAUGCUUCUGUUACCACUGAUGAAUCACUAUAUCCAAGACCCAGACUACCACCCAUCUCAUUUCCUAAUGCAAGUUCUUUCACUGUAUAUUCCUCGACACAAAACCUUCCUGCCAUCUUAAAUGACCCACGACUGCUCAAAAGACAGACAGACUUCUUCACCAAGACAUGGGGAGAAGAUUUUAUAUCACAAGAUGUUCCACCUCUCACAUUACUUCCAAACAUCCCAAAGGCUUCUUUCGAUGACUACCUCAAGAAAACUGAGUUUAGGAUCAAAGUUCAUCAAAAACUCAAGAAAAAUUCAGUUGGGGGUGGGACUACAGCAACUCCUGGUGACACUGGUUUUACAGCAGCUGCAGUUGCUGCAGCCAAAAGACAGAGUGUUGACAAAGUUGCAUCUGAUAUCAGCCUAAUACCAAAGGUGUUCCUGAUGCCCAAUUUUGCUUUGGAAGACCCAGAGAUCUUUAACAGUGUCCUUCCUUGGAGUAUGGUGACUCAAGAACCAGCUGAGAGUACAAGGGCUGUGCCGAGGAACUCAGCAAAGCUUCUUCAGGAAAAGUUGUCACACUAUUUGGACAUCACAGAAGUGAAUCUGGCUCAUCAGAUCUCACUAAGAUCAGAAGAUUUCUUCAGUGCAAUGGCAUCCCAAGAUCAGCUGCAGGAUCAUGUUGGAGGGACAGUCAGUGAGAUCAAACAUUUAAGAAUGAAGGUGCAAAAAGUUCAAGAGGUUUUGUGUUCAGGAUUCCUGAAUGUUCUCAGGCUUUCAUCUUUGAGAUCUAAAUAUCUCAGUGUGUUUGAAAAGCUGAAAAUGAUGGCCACAGUUCAUCAAACACAGCCAACAAUUCAGCUGCUGUUGUCGACAUCUGACUUUGUUGGUGCACUGGACUUGAUCAGCACUACUCAGGAAGUAUUGCAACAAGAACUUGCUGGCAUUCAAAGCUUUAGACACUUGGGCUCACAACUGGCAGAACUUGAACGAGUGAUUGAACGAAUGAUGGAAGCAGAUUUUGUGGAGUUUGCAACAGCUAACCUUACUAGGACAUCCGAGGAUGACAUGGAGAGUGAGGGACUUGUUGACGAGGAUAGGCUUGUGUCUGUAUUAUUUGGCCUUCUCCGGAAACACAAGCUGCACUUUCUUCACUUAUAUCGCGAUGAAGCAUAUGCUACAAUAAAGAGUACAGUUAGACAGACAGUACAAGAUAUCGUCACAGACAGCAAAGAGAACGAAGAGGAAAGUCCGAGCAUUACUGAUGCAAUGAGAGGCUUAGAUUUCCUGCAGUGGAUGAACAUGCUAAAGGAAGUGUUUAACGCCUCUCUAUGUGUCCUGCGAAGGAUGAAGGUGUUGCAUCAGAGCAUUGUACGAGUGUUGAUGAUAGCUGCUGGAGGUGUCACAACUCACUUCGAUCCAGAUGAUUUGGAAAGUUUUGGUAUUCCUGAAUCAGAUUUUCUUCAACCUGUCUGCAGUGGAGUGGACAUCUUGAUAAGCACAACUGAUUGUAAGAAACUGACGCAGGAAAGUAAGGAGCUGCUGUGUGCAGGUUGUGAAAUGGCACAGCUGCGUUGUGCGAAACUUAUUAAUGUGAGAGGAAAGGCUGGUUACCUGGACAGCUUAUCCUCAGCAGAGUUUGUCAGGCUGACACGUAUGGUGGAAGACUUUGUUAUGGACUGUGAGAAAAUAUGUGGACGUCAGAGCCAUAGUCUUAGGGCCACUCUUUUGUCACAAGCUAAAAAAUUUGUCGAAAGGUUCCACGAGGAACGCAAAAAUAAGUUAAGUUUGAUAUUAGAUAAUGAGAGAUGGAAGCAGGCUGAUGUACCCACAGAGCUCCAGUCUUUAGUGGACUCCUUAGUUGAUGGUGUUUACCCCCGGGGCAAGGAGCCAAAUUUUUCUAUAGGUCCUACGGCAACUAACGACAGCAAGCCAUCUCCAGUUUUAUUUGUAAAUGGGGACAAAUUUGCCGUUGUUGGGACAGUGCUUUUAUUAGUGAACAUGUUAGUGGAUUACUGCCAGUGUGUGGAUGACACCCCGAUGCUGGUCACAGACAUUAUGAAUAAGUUGUUUGAAACUUUGAAGAUGUUCAACUCUAGAACAUGCCAGUUGGUUCUUGGAGCUGGAGCACUGCAGCUUGUUGGACUAAAGACGAUCACAGCCAAACAUCUAGCUCUUGCUGCCCGCUGUUUAGAGGUGGUUACAAUUCACAUUCCAGUCUUCAAAGCGCAUUUCGAGGAAAGGCUACCGCCAAAGCAGUACGUUUUACUGUCGCAGUUUGAUCAAAUUCUGAAGGAUUACAACAACCAUCGUCAAGAGUUGUUCAGCAAAAUCGUAAACCUGAUGGAAGAGCUCUUUAAAAAUAUUUUCUCCAAGUGGGAGGUCAAAGCUCCAAUGCCGUCUCAAGCCAUGCGCGGUGCGGUUAAGCAAAUCACAAAACUCCACGAGUCCGUGUCACUUGUUUUACCAGAAGCACAAGUUGAGGCCAUAUUCAGAGACAUCAAAAGAGCUUUCAAGGAAAGUUUGGCCCAUAAAUUGGACAAGUUGGGAGUCACGAAUGAUGGUGGUCCACAGCAUGGACUCGUCACGUCGGAUUUAGCUUUCUUCAAGGAAAGCCUAAAGAAUCUGAAUGGAAUGGGAGACGUUAACAGAAGCCUGGAAGACUUGUGGAGGACUGUGAACGAACUUAGAGCUAGUAGAGCUUCACCAGCAACUGGACGGAAAAUUGUCUCGCAAAGAUAACAUAUGUAAUAUGUUUAGAAUUUAAUUCAUCGACCAAUACGUCAUUGUUCUUCCGUCAGUGCUCAAUCAUCUCUAUUCGCUAAACGUUUUCGAGGCCGUGUUUUGUUUCUUCAGUUUUAAGAGGCAAUAUAUCGGCUGUUUAACUAUCAAAUGUAAAUUACAAUUCAGAAAGGCCAAACAUUUAUAGAAGAGUGUUUAUAAACGCGAUGAAAGUGAUGCUGUCAUUCGGUGAAGAAAUUUCUUGACCGGACAGGCACCACUAAAUACGUCUGUAUCUUUCAACUUUGUAUUUAAGUAAUUUUAUGAUUGAACAAUUACAGAGUGAUUAAAGAUACUUAGU